AUGCUGCCACCCUUACGAAGAUGGAUCCUUGGAACCAUUUUCUCGGUCUCUUUGUUUCUUCUCCUCUGGAACACACUCCUUAACUUAGUGCCCCAUGGACAACGAAUCCCACCUCAAGCGAUCGAUCGCAUUAUACACCCAGGUCUCCUGAAACCGAAGUUCCGAUGGCGAGACGUACCCCAGCAGCAUCCGCUGCACGAAUUCACACCACUGCCUAGUGGUCCGAAAGUUUCGAUUCCCCAAGUUCAACAUGAUUUUGCGCCAGAGACCUUGCAGCAGGCAGCCGAGCGGAAGCGACGGCUGAGCGCGGUAGAGGCAGCAUUCAGACACAGCUGGGAGGGAUACAGUAGGAACGCGUGGUUGCAAGAUGAGGUGUCUCCUCUUACCGGAGAAUCGAGGAAUCCGUUCGGAGGAUGGGGAGCAACACUUGUUGACACAUUAGACACUCUUUGGAUAAUGGGCAUGAAGAAGGAGUUCAAAAGUGCCGUCUCUGGACUUAAAAAGAUUGAGUUUACGACAGCUACAUUGAGAGAGGUGAACGUAUUUGAGACGACGAUCCGCUACCUUGGUGGACUGCUGAGUGCAUACGAUGUCAGUGGGCAUAAGCACGACAUUCUGCUACAGAGAGCGGUCGAGCUGGGCGAAAUGAUUUACCACGCUUUUGAUACCCCGAAUCGGUUGCCUGUGACGAGGUGGGACUGGCAGAAGACGGCAUUGGGCAAAGACCAAGAAGCCAAAAGUCAAUCUCUGGUCGCUGAGGUCGGCUCGCUCACACUGGAAUUCACCAGGCUGUCGCAGCUUACUGGCGAUCCGAAGUGGUAUGAUGCAGUCGCUCGCAUCACCAACCUCUUUGAGGAACAGCAAAACCACACCAAGCUGCCUGGACUAUGGCCUACCUUCGUCAAUGCACGCAACGCCGACUUCAAAAAGGACACCACUUUCACGAUGGGCGGCAUGGCUGACUCGCUGUACGAGUAUUUGCCCAAGCAACACCUCAUGCUAGGUGGUCAGAACACCCAAUACCGUGACAUGUACUUCACGGCCUUGCCAAAGGCCAAGAAGCACCUAUUCUUCCGGCCAUUGACUCCAGACAACAAAAAGGUGUUGUUAUCGGGAACAGCUAAGCGCUAUACCUCUCACAACAUCAAGCUGCAGCCACAGGGCGAACAUCUGGGAUGCUUUGCUGGAGGCAUGGUCGCGCUGGCUGCGAAGAUCUUCCACCAGACCCAUGAUUUGGAGACAGCGCGCGAGCUUGUUGAUGGCUGCAUCUGGGCAUAUGAAAGCAUGCCUGCUGGGAUCAUGGGCGAAAUCAGCUCUUUCUUACCCUGCCAAGAGGCUGACUUUGCAAACUGCACAUGGGAUGAAGAGCUGUGGAAGAGGACAGUAGUCGAGAAGAACAACAAGGGCUUCGUACCGGACCAGUUCGUUGACGAAGCGCAGCAAAUUAUAAUAGCCAAGAAACUGCCGCCCGGUUUCACCCAGAUCGACGAUGCUCGAUACAUACUCAGACCAGAGGCCAUAGAGUCAGUCUUCAUUCUAUACAGAAUUACUGGAGACGAGUCGCUGCGAGAAAAGGCUUGGCAAAUGUUCGAGUCUAUCAGCAACGCCACCAGAACCUCAAUUGCACAUGCCGCGCUGAAGGAUGUCACUCAGCUUGAGCCGGAGCGGGAACUACUCGAUAACAUGGAGUCGUUUUGGACGGCGGAGACAUUGAAGUACUUUUACCUCAUCUUCAGCGAUCCGAGUGUGAUCAGCCUAGAUGAGUAUGUGUUCAAUACUGAGGCACAUCCGCUGCUUCGGCCUAAAUAG